UAAAACAUUGCACUCCAUCUUCCUUGUGGCAUCUAGAAAUUUUCCCUCCAAAUUGCAGAAAAAGCGAAAAGAGGGGUUUUGUUCGGGGUUUCUCAGGAGGCAGUCCAAUUUCUGCAAAUCCCAUCUGUAUCACGCAGGGCAAAAGCAAAAUCUAACAAUCAGCAGCAAUGGCGUGGUCGACUUCGUCGAGCAACAGCAACAGCUACGACAUUCCGUGGGUAGAGAAGUACAGGCCGAACAAGGUCGCUGACAUUGUGGGCAACGAAGACGCCGUCUCGAGGCUCCAAGUUAUUGCUCACGACGGCAACAUGCCCAACCUAAUAUUAUCCGGUCCUCCUGGAACUGGUAAAACCACAAGUAUACUGGCUCUUGCUCAUGAGUUGCUGGGACCAAGUUAUAAAGAGGCUGUAUUGGAGCUGAAUGCUUCUGACGACAGAGGUAUAGAUGUUGUGAGGAACAAAAUUAAAAUGUUUGCCCAAAAAAAAGUCACACUGCCUCCUGGGCGGCACAAGAUUGUAAUAUUGGAUGAAGCUGACAGCAUGACAUCUGGAGCACAACAAGCUUUGAGGAGGACGAUGGAAAUUUAUUCAAACUCCACACGCUUUACUCUUGCAUGCAAUACUUCUUCGAAAAUUAUCGAGCCCAUUCAGAGUAGAUGUGCCAUUGUUCGAUUUUCUAGAUUAUCUGAUCAAGAGAUAUUUGGUCGCCUGAUGGUGGUUGUUGAAGCAGAAAAGGUUCCCUAUGUCCCGGAAGGUCUUGAAGCCAUCAUUUUCACUGCUGAUGGAGAUAUGAGGCAGGCCUUGAAUAAUUUGCAAGCUACAAACAGUGGAUUCCGGUUUGUCAACCAAGAAAAUGUUUUCAAGGUUUGUGACCAGCCUCAUCCAUUGCAUGUGAAGAACAUGGUGCGUAAUGUACUUGAAGGGAAAUUUGAUGAUGCCUGUUCUGGUCUCAAACAGCUCUAUGACAUGGGCUACUCCCCCACUGACAUAAUCACAACUUUUUUCCGUAUCAUUAAAAAUUACGAUAUGGCUGAGUAUUUGAAAUUGGAAUUCAUGAAGGAAACUGGGUUUGCUCAUAUGAGAAUAUGCGAUGGAGUUGGUUCUUAUCUUCAGUUAUGUGGUCUUCUGGCUAAGCUUUCUCUGGUUCGUGAAACAGCCAAAGCGGCAUGAGUAACAGCUGCCAUAAGAAUCUGCUGGAGUUUGAUUUUGAAAAUGAUCAAUGUAAGGACAGAACCUGUUUCAAAGUCGAGGAUUUUGUGUGUUUCGCUAAGGAAACGUUUGUCAGUUGGAGUUAUGACAUGGAAGUAUACUCUCUAUUACAAAUUUAGGAAUGAGAAGACUAUUUUUACUAUCUUUAAACGGUUGUACAUGUUUGAAGUUGUUGCCUGUUUCGGUUUGUAUCAACUUUUUUCCAGCUCAAUUAUAAAUCUUGCUCCUAGCAAAGCUGAGCCCUAAUUUUCUUACUAAGCUUGAAUUGUUUUCUCUUUGGAUUUAACAAUAAAAUAUUUAUUCAGUUCUA